AUGUCUCCGUCAACUGAUCAGGAAGGUCAAAAUCGUCAUCUGAUGGUGGAUCAUCAUCGAGUGGUUUAUCAACAUUGGCACACACCAGACCUGAGUAGUGGUGGACGGUAUAAAACUAAGGUGCUGCUCCAAGCGGCACACACGGGCCCAAGCAAGCACAGCCAUGAGGAGCGCGGUAGUAAUUAUCUCAAUGGUGGCCGCCAUUGCGGCAGAAGCACCUUAUCACCUGCCGCGACCGGCGCCGCACGCGCCUCGUUCAACUACCCCUCGGUGCCUCCGCCGCCGCCGCCGCCAGCGCACCACCCACAUCCGCACCCGCACCCUCACCCGCAACCGCAGUUUAUUCAAUACCCACCACAACCUGCGCCUGCCCCACAGUUUAAUUCUGGAUCUGGUUACCACUAUUCGCAACCCGCCCCCCAGCCGCAGCCACAGCCACAGCUCCAGCCCCUGCCUUUUAUAUAUUCUCAUCCUCCACCCCCUCAACCUCAGUCCCAGCCUCUGCCCCAUGUGCACUCCCAUCCUCCACCCCCACAGCCUCUUCCAAUUAUAUCUUAUCCUCAAUACGCACCACCACAACCGCAACCUAUCCCUCAAAUUUCUCCUAGCUACACGUACGCUCAGCCCCAGCCUCAACCGGGCCCUAUCCCCCGCCCCCAAACACCUGCCUUCUUAGCACCCCUACCUGGAUACUCUACACCACAGGCUCAACCUGCGCCACCAACCCAACCAGUCCCACAACCUCAGUCGCAACUUCAGCAGGGAUACACGUACCAGCAACCUCAAUUCCAAUUCCCGCAAGUCCCUCUCCCGGCACAGCCACUUCAACCCCAACCUCUUUAUGCACAACCUCUUCAAUCACAGGCUCUUCAGGCACAACCUAUUCAAUCUCAGCCUCUGCAAGCGCAACCUCUACAAUCGCAGCCUCUUAGCAACAACGCGGCAUCGUCUGCUUGGUCCAGCUACCAAGCGGAUAACAACCAAUACAGCAGUGCAAGCCUUCAGUCGCACGGAGAGGCUUUAGAUGCAACAGUUGUCGACCGAGUACAGAAUAUCAUAAAAGAUAAUGAGCACAUUUCGGCAAGAAACGCUGGCUAUCUAUCCCUUGUUUCUGGAGUUUCGUUAGAACAGGCCAGACCAAGUAUAGAGAUCUCUUCAUUUGUUCAUAAUUCUCCUCUACAAAUCACCCAAGCUUCGGGACAGAAUUCAAUCGAGCAGUCGUCGAGUCAGUCGUCAUCGUCAGCGGCGUCAGUGACGUCAGCGUCCGCACCGUCGGCCGCGGCGCCGUCGCAGGACUACGGCUUGCCGACGAUCACGGCCAACAGCCAGCCGCCGGCGCCGCAGCCAGACGCACCUCAUACUUUUCUACCGCAAAACAAACCCGCGACGUCAUACGGCACGCCCCUAUAACCGUGUACCUUUAUAAUUAUAGGUUUUUUAUAUAAUUAUGAAAAUUGUAAAUAAAAUAUUUUCAUUAUUUUUGAA